AAAAGUGUCAGAGAUUGAUCAUAGAAGAUUCAUACCGAAAAAGGCGUAAAAAUGGAUUUCAACGUGAAGAAAUUUGUAAAAGAUGCUGGUGCUGUUCUUAGUAGAGUUGUACAGAUAACUGAGGAAACAUUAGGAACAUCAGAAAAAACAGAAUUGGAUGCACAUUUAGAGCACCUUGCAGAAAGGGUACAUGCAACUAAAACAUGGACUGAAAAAAUUACAAAAAAUAUGGAGUCAGUACUUACUCCAAACCCAGGCAAUAGAAUCGAAGAUUUCUUCUAUGAGAAGAUUGACAAGAAGAAACCUAACAGGUUGAGUAAUCUGGAGUAUGUGGGUAUGGACAUGAUAGAGGCUGGAAAUGACUUUGGCCCAGGAAUUGCUUAUGGUAGUGCACUGAUAAAAGUUGGCCAGUGUGAACAGAAAUUAGGACAAAUUGAAAGAGAUUUCAUUGGUACUGCAGCUAAUUGUUACAUACAGCCCCUAAGGAAGUUUUUAGAAGGAGAAAUGAAAACUGUUAGCAAAGAAAUGGCAAUAUUGGAAACUAAGCGAUUGGAUCUAGAUGCAUGUAAGCGUAGGGUGAGAAAAGCAAGAAGCAUGCUGGGCCAGCAAAGUGAGCCUGGCAUAUCACCUGAAGUGUUACUUGAUCAGGCAGAGAGGGAGUUAAGGGUAGCACAGUCGGACUUUGAUCAUCAAGCAGAAAUAGUAAAACUACUGCUGGAAGGAGUUUCAAGUUCUCAGGCUGGACACCUGCGUUGCUUACAUGAAUUUGUGGAAGCACAAGCACGUCAUUAUGCUCAGUGCCAUGCGACGAUGCAAGACUUGCAGCGCGAAUUAGCUGGGGCGCGUCAGCCGAGUCCUUUGCUGCGAGUCAACAGCGAAGACGUGAUCGAGCUAACCCCCUCACCCACACAAUCCCCAAAUUCAUCUGUACAUCCACCACUUGCUGGCUCUACCUAUGUUACUGCUACCUUUGAUACCGAAAUGUCAAAAAUUUAG